UUUUCCCUCUAAGAGUUUCACUUCUCUUCCGACUCUCUUGUCCGUGACUGCGUCUGAAACACAACAAUGACGGAGUUUAUGGUUUGUGUUUGUAUGCUCCUGUGCGCUGUGAUUGCAGUGAGAACUGACUCUGUGCAUAAGGCCACAGCGUACUGGGACCCUGACAGUAAGACGGUGCUGCUGAAGGACGGGGUUCUGGAGGACACGGGAGAUGCUUACGGUUUCUACAACGACUCCUUCUCGGAGACGGGAUGGGGCGUGAUGGAGGUCCGUGCUGGGUACGGACAAACACCUAGGGCUGAUGAAAGAACCUUCUUCCUGGCGGGAUAUCUGGAGGGAUUCCUGACUGCACGGCAGAUGAUCGAUCACUACACUAACCUGUAUCCUCAGCUCAUUACCAGCCCCGAUGUGCUGCUGGCCGUCAAGACCUUCAUGACUAAGCAGAGCACCUGGUCUCGGCAGCAGGUGAAGCUCAAUAAGACCUCUGAUCCUCUGUGGGCUCACACUGGCUUCAUCCUGGCCCAGCUGGACGGGCUGCAGGCCGGCGCGGCCGAGUGGGCCAAGCGCUCGGGGAAAAAGGCCUUGUCGCGCUUUGAGGUGCAAUUCCUGAACGCAAUUGGAGAUCUGUUGGAUUUGAUACAGAUGUUGGUUCCUGAAGCCAAACAUUCAGUGAGAGGAUUUAAAGAGCCCCCAAUGGGCCACUGCUCUGCCCUCAUCAAGAUGUUACCUGGCUAUGAGAACCUGUUGUUCGCUCACUCCAGCUGGUACGUUUAUGCCGCCACAAUGCGCAUCUUCAAACACUGGGACUUUAAAGUUCAGGAACCACACACUGCUACUGGGAAACUCUCCUUCAGCAGCUACCCUGGCCUGCUGGUGUCUCUGGAUGACUUCUACCUGUUGGGCAGUGGGCUGAUGAUGACUCAGACCACCAACAAUGUCUUUAACCAUUCGCUGUACGACUCAGUCACUCCCUCCAGCCUGUUCGCUUGGCAGAGAGUCCGGCUAGCACAUGCCCUCGCUCACUCUGGCCAAGAGUGGGCUGAGAUAUUCUCCCGCUUCAACUCCGGAACGUAUAAUAAUCAGUACAUGCUAGUGGAUGUGAGUAAAGUGUCCCUGGGCUCGAGACUCGAUGAUGGUGCUCUGACCAUAGUGGAGCAGAUCCCAGGACUGGUGGAAUAUUCAGAUCAAACAGAGGCUCUGCGCUUCGGUUACUGGCCGUCCUACAAUGUGCCGUUCCACCAGAGGGUCUACACCCUGAGUGGAUAUGAGGAGAUGUGGAAGGACUAUGGAGAGGAUUACUCUUAUGAACUCUGUCCUCGAGCCAAGAUCUUCCGCCGGGAUCAGGCAUCCGUCAUUGAUCUGCCAUCACUCAAACACAUCAUGAGAUCCAACGACUAUAAGAAAGAUCCAUACUCGAAGGGUGACCCCUGUAAGUCCAUCUGUUGUCGUGGCGAUCUGCGGGAGUCCAACCCCGUUCCUGAAGGAUGUUACGACACCAAGGUGACUGACCUGAAUAUGGCUCAGCAGUUCGUGUCUGAGGCUCUGAAUGGUCCGAGUACAGAUGGCGAUCUUCCUCCUUUCACAUGGGAUGCAUUUAACAGGACAACACACCAGGGUCUGCCACGCCUCUACAACUAUACGUUUGUCACCAUGCACCCGGUGCUGUUCAGCCCCUGAGCCGCCUACAUGCAUGAAGUGUGCGAAGAGCAGGAGCUCAGCCUGUUUUACUACGUGUACAUGUCCUGCUCUACAACUGUGUAUUAUCCUGCUGCAAUUAAAAGAGCCUGUGAAAACUUG